CGCUUUUUCCUACCCUAAUAGCAUCUUUUAAUACACGUGAACACACAUGGACCCGCCUCUUCGGUACUGGACUGGGGAAAGUUGGCCGGCUGCUCAACUCCCUCAAGCGCAAUUGGCCAAUGCACCUCCACCAUCUCUUAGCGUUCAUCCAGAUCCAGCUCGAUCCCGCUCGGCCAACGGCGGAGAUCUUCCGCAAACUCAGGGACAUCCUUCACACAUCGCGCCCGCAUCUGGGCAUUUAGUGCAGCAAAGCCAAUGCUCCGAUUCACAGCUAGACCAGCACAUACAUUCACUGCUUACUCACGUUCCCGUGGACAAGAAGCGACUCAUUCUACAACUAGUCCAAAGCAUUGCAUCACCCCAACCAGUCUCCAAUCCUUCAACUGGCACUACUCCCCCCCCUAUUUCGAAAGCUGUUUGCGAACUGAACGAGCCUCAAGUUUCAUAUUACGAUGCUAGAAAUUAUCGGCCGCAAUCCCAAAUAGACGAUCAUUCUAUGUCAUCACCAUCUGAUCCCCCUGCAAAUGCAUUUGAUGAUCACGAGAUGUUGGAUAGGAUCUUCCAGGGACUCCAUACUCUAACUUCUGUAGACUCUGCUCAGUCCUCUGUGUACUAUCCCCCAAGUAACACUGAUGAUUCUGGUACAUCUUUCCAAUACCCGAAUGCUUCGUAUCAAGCAAUUCCCUCCCAGAGAUCUCUAAGCUCGUCGUAUCUAGUGCAUUCUCAUCAAAUGCAACAAUUUGGCCUGCCCCAAGAUAAUCGUACCUCACAACAUAGAGGACGCUCAGGGUGCAACUCUGUGCAAUCCUACGUGUCGUACGGCUCCCAGGUCGCAAAUCCAAAACUGCGUUGGUCAUCCUCAACCUCCAACAGUCGUGGGAGUAAAGGAUCCAGCUUCGCAUCCGACGCCUCCAUCUCCUAUGUCCCAGGCGGAACUCUGCAAUCAACUAUGUCUAGUGGGAGCUUUACCUGUCAAUACGCUCCUUGCGAUGGCAUUUUCCCAAGGAAGGGUGAACGAGAUCGACAUGAACGCAGUCAUUGCGAGCACAACCCAAAUAAGACUCGCUGGACCUGCCUUCUAGAUACAUGCACACUUCAUUGCAUAGUCCCUUGUGCGCAAAAGUAUCACUCGCUCCCUUUUCAAGCGCCUCGCGAUGACAAAAUGAAAUUACACUUGGAGAACUGGCACGGCUGGAAAGACUUUGCACCAAAAGAUAUCCCGAAAUCAUGGAUGUGGCCUUUUUCGAGAAGCAAAAGAGGCUCAGGUUGGGUAUGUGCUUUAUGCAAGGAAGAAUUUGGAUCUUGGGAGCAAGAUUGGAAACGGAUCAACGAGCAUGUCAUGGCCUGUGAAUUGGGAAUCGAAGCGCGAGCUGUGCGGUUUACGACAAGGCGACAGAAAAGAACAGAAGAAGAAUCCUUGGUAAGGGCGAUGAAGAGAACAAGCAUAGAAAGUCCAGCCCCAGGCAGACAUGUGGCGGUGGAAGAGAGGGUAGGAGAGCAGGAUGGAGCUGAGGACGGUCUAUAUGGGCCAGAUGAGGACUACGUUUAAUCUUUGCAGUACCAGACUAUCAUUGGGGAACGGUAAAGAAAUGGCGACUGCGUACCCCU